CUUUUAGCCGGCUUCACCUCUUCUAGUCCCAGCAAGGCUCCGUGUAUGUUUGGCUGCCAGUGCACCCACCAGAAGGGAACGAUGAAAAUGAACCGUUUAAGGACUGCUAGUAUGAGAUCCUUAACUCUGGACAUGAAAUGCACCAUCCGCCUGCUGGAUGACACGGAGAUCUCCUGCAAUAUUCAGAAAGAAACCAAAGGCCAAUUUAUUAUUGACUAUAUCUACAACCACUACAACUUGUUAGAAAAGGACUACUUUGGAAUUCGCUUUGUUGACCCAGAAAAGCAGCGGCACUGGCUUGAUCCUAACAAACCCAUUGUCAAACAAAUGAAAUCUCAUCCACCAUACACCAUGUGCUUUAGAGUGAAAUUCUACCCACAUGAACCUCUGAAGAUAAAAGAAGAGCUUACCAGGUAUCUUCUGUACCUACAACUAAAGAGGGAUAUUUUCCAUGGACGUCUUCUAUGCUCCUUUGCUGAUGCUGCUUUCUUGGGUGCUUGUAUAGUUCAAGCUGAGAUCGGUGAUUAUGAUCCUGACGAACAUCCCGAUAAUUACAUCUGUGACUUCAAGAUAUUCCCUAAGCAGUCACAAAAGCUGGAAAGAAAAAUUGUGGAAAUUCAUAAAAGCGAACUCAGAGGUCAGAACUCAGCUGUUGCAGAAUUUAAUUUGCUGUUGAAAGCACAUUCCCUGGAAACGUAUGGCGUUGACCCUCAUCCAUGCAAGGACUCAACAGGGACCACAACAUUUCUAGGAUUUACUGCUGCGGGGUUUGUUGUUUUCCAGGGAAAUAAGAGGAUACACUUAAUAAGAUGGCCGGAUGUCUUCAAAAUGAGAUUUGAUGGGAAGACAUUUUAUGUUGUUGUAAUGCAGAAGGAGAAGAAAACUGUUUUAACCUACCAUACCUCAACACCAGCCGCCUGCAAACAUCUUUGGAAAUGCGGUGUCGAAAAUCAGGCCUUUUACAAGUAUGCAAAAUCCAGCCAAGUAAAGACAAUGACAAGCAGCAAUAUAUUUUUUAAAGGGAGUCGAUAUCGAUACUCUGGGAAAGUUGCAAAAGAAGUUGUUGAAGCCAGCUCAAAAAUUCAGAGGGAUCCUCCAGAAGUCCACAGGUCAUUAAUACCCCACAGUCGCAGCUCUUACUCCUUAAACAGGCAGCUUAUCAUCAACAUGGAACCACUGCAGCCUCUCAUCCCAUCACCGAGUGAGGAGUAUGAAGAGGAAGCAGCACCAACAGAAGAAGGCAUCCUGCUUUCACAUUACAAUGAUGUCAAUGCUCCCCCUGCAGCUGGCAUUUCCCCUACCAGAGACAGGGAAGUGAUACCAGAUCUUAGGCAGGAUGAGGAGGAAAGUAUGAAGGAGGAGCCUUUAACUAUCUCAGAGCAGAUGUAUAACCCAAGUGCUAGCUUGCUGCCUACACCAGUAGAUGAGGGCAUUGAGAUGCUCUUUAAUAGCUCCCUCAGACCAGAGAGCGACAGAGACGAUGUUGAUUCAUUUGAGGAGUUUGAUGCAGAUGAACAUGCAUUUUUGAUUGCAGAGGAGGAAGAGCUGAAGGAGGCCAGGAAAGCCCUAAGCGUAAGCUACAAUUUCCUAAUGGGAAACAUGCAGCUGAAUGCCUUCCUGAAGAGCUUCUCCCGACUUGUUUUGGUGGCGUUGGGGUUGCUUUUGGUGCUUCUUCCUCUUCUUCUCGUCUUGCUGGAGUCGGACAUUGACAUUUCCUUCCUUCAUGAAAUCCGUCAAACACCAGAAUUUGAGCAGUUCCACAAUGAGUACUACUGUCCACUUAGGAAGUGGCUGGCAUGCAAGAUCAGCAUGGCACUUAACGUCGCCAACAGCUCUUAA